UCCUCGCGCAGAUAUUUGAAAACGGCUUUGUGAAGAAGGAAGAGAGGCGAGUGUCCGACCGAAAAAAACAUAAUUAAAUAUGGCUCCCAGAAAAAGGACAACGAAGCAACGGAAAAACAAUCCCAAGACGGCCAAGCUGGAAGCUUUUCUGGAGGAUUUCGACAGUGAAGUGAAGACCAGAGUUGGACAACUGAAAGAGAAGAUCAACCAGCUGCUGAAAGAUGUUGACAACAGCUACAACAUGGCAGUAAUUAAGCUCCCCAAGGCCGUCAGACAAAUGGUCUGGCUGGAACAUUUAAAGUCUGAGAAACCAAAGUCACCAGAAGUGGAUAAUAUAAAGAGACAAGAGGAAGCUGCUAUUGUUGAGAGCGUUGUGGCCGAGGACCACACAGUCCUUCUGAAAUCAGUCAAGAAAACAUCAAAGAAAAAAGGUGGAGCCAAAUCCAGUCCAGAGGAUGAAAACACUCCAAGAAAGGGGAAAGCAACAAGGAAACCGCCAACUACAUCGAAAAGAGCGAAGGCGCUGGCAGUCAGCAAGCAGAACAGCACCAUCAGACGAUCGACCAGGAAGCCUCUGGUCACUCCUGCCAGGAGUAUGCUGGACUCUUCACUGAUGAUGGGCCCGACUCCCCUCAUCACCCCGCGCUUUGACCCAAGGCUGCCUAAGACCCCCGCCGUGAGGAUUCCCCGCCACAAAGAGAGGGUUUACAGCAUUUCAGUCAACGGCUCGCCCAUUGCAGCAGGAAAUGAGGACAUUGUCAUCAACGUCCCGGUCGGCAACGGAGAGAGCAUUCAGCUGUUGGCCAGUCAGAUGGACUCAGUGGAUCUGUCUCUACUGGACGAAACUGCUCUGAAGAGCAUUCGGCUGCUGCAGAAUCGGCUCACAACCCUGUGUGGAACAUCAGAGUGACCCGACCGUCUGCUGCUGACUUGUACAUUACUUUUAAGAAAUUUUAUCCUUAUUUCAAAGCUUCACCUCCUCUCUGGCUGGUUCUGUUUUUUUUUUUACUGAUAGGGGAGAUUUUAAAAGAUGUAACAUACACAGGUUUUAUAAAAACCAUGUUUUGUCAGUGCUCUGUUUUACUGGAUAAAUUCUAGUAAAUGUGUUGAUUUAAAGAAAAAAAUCAACACAUUUACUGGAAUUUAUCCAGUUAAUGAAAACUGUCAAAUGUAUAAAUGUUGUUGAAAUGUAUUUUACCAUAUACUACUGUUUCAUUAAUUUACUUUUGUAAGAGUCGAGUUAACAGCCCGACCUAAUUAACCUUUUCAUUUUUAUUGGGUGUCACCUCCUGCUUUUGUAGCUUUAGGCGUAAUCUUUGCUGGAAUUCUGCCUGUUUGUCUCAUUUAGGUUUUUUUGUGGUCUUUCACUCCUGUUGUCCAGUCAGACUUGUAAAGUUUGGGUAUUAGCUGUUGUGCAUGCCCUCUCAGACAGUUAAUUGACAGAGCUGCACUCUGCAAAUAUGAUUUACUGUUCAUUCUUUGAUCUGUAAGUACACUCUAAUCUUACUUUUUUGUGUGAAUCAAUAGUCCUCUGUGUACAUAGAUCACUCUGUCUGCCAAACUGAUAAACGAUUUUCACCACAGCUUUA